AAAAAAGCUCUCGGCUUCGUGAUGCAAAAAUUCCAGAAAUCGUCUUGUCACAGUAGAGAUACUUGCGCUGCAAUCGCUCACGAGAAUCACUGGGGCAAAAACUCCGCCAAAAUUUCCAAUGCGGAGCUAAAGCUGAAGCAGCUUGUGGCAAAAACUCUUGGCUCCCAUCCCGUCACCCGAGUCUCGUACGGAAGCCUUCUCCAGGCGUGCGGCGAGGCAAAGAUCCUGGCGUACGGAAGGGUCGUCCACGAGCACAUGUCCGCCGCCAACAUGGACACGGGCAGCAUAUUCCUGGGGAAUCAUCUCGUGCAAAUGUACGGGAGGUGCGGCAGCGUGGACGAGGCCGCCGCAGCAUUCGAGCGAAUGGGCAGGAGGAACGUUGUCUCGUGGAGUUUCGUCAUCGCGGCAUUUACCCAGAACGGGCAUCACGGCCGAGCAAUGCGAUUCUUCCAAAGGAUGCUCCAGGAUGGAUUCGAAGUGGACAGGAUUCUGAUUGUCACGGCUCUUGGGUCGUGCAUGGAUCUGAAAACCGGGAGAGAGAUUCACGAGCUCGCCCUCGAGUGUGGAUAUGGAAACGAGACGGUCGUGUGUACGGCGCUGCUGGGCAUGUACAGCCGGUGCGAGAGCCUGGGCGAUGUCGAGACAGUGUUUCUUGGGCUCCAAGAGAAGGAUGUUGUGUCCUGGAACGCGAUGAUCACGGCCUUUGUAGAACUCGGCAAGAAACAAUCUGGAGUGAGCAUAAAGGUGGUUUGGAUGUUUCGAAGAAUGCUGCUGGAAGGGAUGAAGCCGAGCCGGGUGACAUUCAUAUCCACUCUUGGAGCCGUGGAGAGCAAGGAAGAAUGUGUGUGGCUUCAUGAAAUUAUCCGACAGAGCGGGCAAGAGCACGACGAGUUUGUGGCAAACUCUCUCGUUACUGCGUAUGGCAAGAAGAACAGCAUUGUAAAUGCUCGACAAGCGUUUGAUGCUGCUUCAGAUGCCUGUGUUGGAACAUGGAAUGCUAUGAUCGCGGCAUAUGCCCAUUGUGGGCAUUUUGAAAAAGCUUUAGAGACCUUUAUGUCUAUGCUGGAAAGUACCAUUAAGCCAGAUCAGAUCAGUUUUGUGAACGUCCUGGAGGCGAUCACUGGGCCAGAACUUUUAAGAGAUGGCGAGUUUAUACACAAGAGUGUUGUAGAAAACGGGUUUGAGAACGAUGGGAUAAUUGGCAGUGCUUUGCUUGGCAUGUACUCGAGGUGUGAGAACUUAGAGAAAGCCGAGGAGGUUUUUGCCCAGAUUGGACGGCCUUAUCACAGUGUCAUCGCAUGGAACUCCAUGCUUGCAACUUACACAGCGUUUGGGCGAUGCAAAGAAGCCAUCAAACUUUUCAUGGACAUGCAGCAAGACGGAAGCAAAGCUAGCGAGGCAACAUUUGCAACGCUUCUCGCUGCCUGCGCGGGCGCAUCCACUCUAGCUCAAGGCAAAAUGGUGGUUUCGUGGAUCAACGAAUGGCUUAUGAGCCACACAAUCAGUGCCUGUAGCUAUCUCGUAAUCCAGAAUGCGACGAUCAACAUGUAUGCAAAGUGUGGGAGCCUCGACCUCGCGCUCCAAACCUUCAAUUCGAUGCAUCAGAGAGAUGUGACAUCGUGGAACUCCGUUUUGGGAACGCUUGCACGGCAUGGCAUAGGCAAGGAAGCAGUCAUCUUUCUCAAGAGGAUGCACUUGGAAGGUGUGAGACCGGAUGAUAUCACGUACACUCUCGUUCUCACUGCUUGCAGCCACCAUGGGCUCUUCAAAGAUGGCCGAAAGUGUUACGAGUUUAUGACCAAAGUUCAUGGCUUGGAACCCACGCUUGUGCACUAUGGGUGCAUGGUUGAUCUUCUGGGACGCGGAGGCUGGCUGGACGAAGCCGAGGAUCUGAUAAGAGAAAUGCCAAUGCCGGCGGAUUCAACAGUGUGGAUGGCGUUGCUUGGGGCAUCAAGAAUGCAUGGCGAUCUUGCCCGCGCAAAGCUGGCAAUGAAGCAUGUCUGUGAGCUUGAGCCUGAUAAUCCAUCACCUUACCUUCUCAUGUCAAAUAUCUCUUAGUUCUUGCGAGACCUGUAUCCAUACCUCAUUUGUUUGAGCGCAACAAUACGUCCAGUCUAAUCUACAGUAACACCUCCUCUAAAAUUUGGAGGAUUGUGGAUUAGCAUCUUUGAAACCCAUAGCCGGAAGUUGUCGUCACCCGGGAAUCAACAUAUCGAUGUCCUGUUCAAGAUAGAUCUUCUUCAUAUGGCAGAAGAAGAAGAUGACUUGAUCUCAGGUCUCCCAGGUGAGCUAGUUCUUGUUCACGUUUUUUCUAGGCUGCCUUGGUACACUCGUCCAGUCUGCAGAUCUGUUUCCAAACGAUGGAAACAGAUGAUGGAUACCAGGAAUCAUCUUGUCGAUAUUGCAACUCGCAGGUUUCAGCUUCCACUGCUCCAAGGUGUCGCUUUGGUGUGUUCUUCAGCUCCAUAUAAGCCUCCAAGAUCACACUCGUCUCACCAUGAAAAGUACCCUGAAAAGAUCUUCCUCAUUCAGGACAAGGAAACCUUGCAGUGGCGAAGGCUUCCACCCGUAUCUGGCUUUCAAAGCUAUCAAGUUGGACAAGUCCGUGUGUACAAAGCAAGGCUUGUUGCAGGAUGUGGAGCGGUCUAUGCUUGGACAGUUGCCCCCACUCAAAGCUUUGGGGCUCCAGAAGGUAGCUUCAUAUUCAAACUGGACAUUGGUCGGGGAGAUUGGAUCUGGAAGAGAGUCCCAGCUUCUCAAGUUAGUCGCUGGUCCGAGCCAGUGUUUUUCAAUGGUAAGAUCUACUCGCUACUACCAGGCUGCCAACCACGGCGGAGGAUAUGUUCUUGUUUCGAAGUCAUGGAGUAUGAUCCCGAAACAGGCUCCUGCCAUAUGUCCAACAAAUGGCCCUCCAAGAACGUUGGUGUGAUCCUGAGCUCUUCUUCGCCACAGCAACAGCUCUAUGGCGUAGUCCGCACGUUGACCAACGGUCAACAGCUAAUGGUCAACGAGGGCGGGUCGUGGCAGCUACAUCGGGAGUUGCCUGCCCUGCCGGACGACCGGGUGUUCAAAUUUAAGCUGGUCAAUGGCGAUUGCUUCGAGCCUGCCGUGGAGGGCGGGGUCAACGUACUUGCCAUCUUGCUCAGCCACCGGGAUGCAGUGGUCUAUUGGUUCAACACAGAAGUCAACGGGGCAAACUGGGUAGCAAUCGAGCAUCAGAGCCAACCUGGAAAUGUGACACAAUGUGUGGCUGUUCAAGGAUCUUUAUAUGCAAUUUCAAGGAAUUUUCCAAGGCUUCAUUAUAAAUUGUGGAAGGGGACCAUCAAUGUGGCAGAGAGGCUUCUUAUUUGGGAGCAAAGGCAAAGGCUCCAAGUUUCAUUGUCUUGCUUCACCUUGAUGGCAUGAAAUAGCUUCCAGUA